AUGUCAAAACACGGUAAACGGUUGCGUCGAUCUGUCCGGGAGGAAGUGUUUCGCGAGUACUGUGCCAAUAGUUCCAUCCAUGGUGUACGAUACUUUGACCGUGAUGAACGAACGGCCUGUGAAAGAUUCUGGUGGCUAGUGGUCUUUCUUCUCUCUAUGCUGGGCUGUUGCGUGAUGAUAUACAAGACGUAUGUGAAAUGGAACCAAACUCCAAUCAUUGUUACCUUUUCGGAGAAAACCACUCCGGUUUGGGACAUUCACUUCCCAGCCAUAACGAUCUGUCCCGAAACGAAGGUGCCAGCCAAUAAGCUUAACUUCACAGCCGAAAUGAACGCACUGUUGGAGGAUUACCACGACAACAACGCAACAUCCGACCGAGAAUCAAUCGAUCAACUGAAAGCCGUCGCUCAGCUUUGCAACAUAAUAUUUCACUCCGAUAAUAAAUUGCUGCAGUAUGUUAAUGGUACGGAGGACGACGUGGUAGGCAUGUUGAAAAACCUGUCCUUGUCACGCCACAAUACGCUUGGGUUGUGUCAGUACAGUAACCAGUACAUGCUCUGUGCCGAGCAUUUGAAGGAGACGCUCACCGAGGAGGGUUUCUGUUACACCUUCAAUAUGAUGCCGGAAAAGGACAUCUUUCGUAAAAGUUCGCUCCACACGGAGUACACAUACACGGAGAGUUGGUUUCCUAUUUCCGAUACCGUGACAUUGGCACCACUGUACGCACGAGGUGCAGGUCUGCAUGCCGGGCUUUUAGUGUAUCUCAAGCAAGCGAAGGAAGAUGUGGACUACAUGUGCACGGGUUUCUCGCAAGGAUACAAAGUAAUGAUUCACGAUCCGACCGAGUAUCCGCAGGUGUCGAUGCGCAACAUGCGCAUUCCCUAUGGUCACGAGAUCUCGAUCGCGUUGAAGCCUCAAAUGAUCGUCACUUCCCAAUCGGCCGCUGACUUUAGCUGGAAAAAGCGUCAAUGCUUCUUCAAUCACGAGCGUUACCUUCGAUACUUUUACAUUUACAACCAGGACAACUGUGAACUUGAAUGCUUGACCAACGUGACGCUGGCAAUGUGUGGAUGUGUUCGCUUUUCAAUGCCAAGGUCAAAAGAUAUGAAGGUUUGCCCGCUUUCCAUGUGGAAAUGUAUGUACGAUGCUAAAUGGUUCAUGCACCCAACUGAUGAUCUUGCUAGCUCACGCAACCAAAAGAUCAAAGCCAUUGUCAAUAGAUGUAACUGCUUGCCAGCCUGCAGCUCCUUAACGUAUGACGUGGAAACCACACAAACCAUGCUCGAUGUGGAAAAGUUUCUGCAAGUAAACCAUGAGUAUAAUAAGUCAGACAAGUUUUAUAUUACAACGAUAGCGAUCUACUUCAAGGAGUCGUACUUCAUCACCUCGAAGCGAUCGGAGCUGUACGGAUGGAUAGACUUUCUUGCAAAUUGUGGUGGGCUAUUAGGGCUAUUCAUGGGUGUGAGCAUUCUUAGUCUGUUGGAGAUAUGUUACUUCAUUACGAUUCGACCAUUUACGGUAUGAAGUACUGUGAAGCCUAUUACAAACGAAGUCCAUUAUGUCAUGUAUCCUUUUAAUACCAAAUCUGAAUAGGUUUUAGGUUGGAUUUUAGAAUUGAAAUGCUAUAAAUGAAUGGAUAUGCUAUAUUUGGCAUGGAUUUAUACUCUGAAAAUUUUGUUGAUACAUCUUACAUAAGAAUUCAUUUGUCAGUAUUCAAUCUAUCUUCCACUGAGAAGAGUUAUCAAAAUAUGUAAGUACUUGGAGUAACUCGAUAGACAUACAUGAUCGAAUGCAGUACUCGAAUUCAGAUUGCCACAUCAUAUAAAUACUACUCCUAUACCAUACUUUGAUUAGAUUAUUGUUAUCGUUCACAAUGCUUAAUUACAAUGAUGUUUAGUGUUUUUUUUUGCGUUAGACUGUACCCGUGCUGUGUAAUAUAUUGAUGUACCAUAACAAGGAAAAGUGAAGAUUAUGACCCUCUCGAAGAAUUCAUUAUUGAUUGAUUGAAGCAUCGAGCCAAGAGCCAACUCGCGAUUGAAACAAAUCCUUAACUCAAGGAUUCUUAAUUAAAUCAUAAA